GAGAAAAGCUUGGAAAAUUCAAAAGGAAAAAUCCAUUUUUGUUUUCGAAUUCAUCCUUUCGCGGAAAAAGUUUAAAAAAUAAAUUUUCUUAAGUAAAACAUUUUGAAAUAAAAAAGUUAAAAUGGAUUUCGCGACUGGUGGCAUAUCAGGUGGUUUCUAUGGUGCUGGAAUGGCUGGUGGGAGAUUCGAUCCAAUCGCAUUCAUACAGAGACCUCCAAUCAUUAUACGUGCUGUUUGUUGGCUUUUCUCCAUAAUUGUGUUUGGGUCAAUCGCAUCCAAUGGAUACAUGAAGGACGAGAAUGAAAAGGACGUUUGUAUUAUCAAUGGCAAUGGAAGUGUUUGUUCAUAUACUGUAUGGGCUGGUCUUGUCGCAUUCUUCGCAUCGAUGGCAUUCAUAGCUGGCGAAUAUCUUUUUGAACAAAUGUCAUCAGCAAAGUCACGGAAGCAUUAUGUCGUUGCCGAUCUUGGAUUUUCAGCCUUUCUCGCGUUUUUAUAUUUCGUUGGUUUUUGCUACAUCAGCAGUCAAUGGAGUAAAUCACCAGAUCCACCUAAUGGUGUCGGUAGUGGAAAUGUUACAUGUGCGAUCUUGUUUUCAUUCCUUUCGGUGUUCACAUGGGGUGGCUGCGCGUAUUUUGCUUUCCUUCGUUACAAAGCUGGUGUUACUGAAAUUCCUUUCCAGUCAACUUAUGAAAGUGAUCCCAAUAAUCAAGCGGCUUACACGAGCUAUGCAAAUGACAAUGAACAGUAUCAGGAACCACCAUUUUCACAACAACAAAUGGGAGGUCAACAACAAUUUCAAGCUCCAACUUAUUAAUUUGAUCUUGAUAUUAUCAAGAAAUGUUUCUUCAUAACCGCUUGUGUGUUCCUCGAAAAAAAGAAAUUAUUUUAUCAUUAUUGAGAAUCUCAACAAAUAUGACACAAACGUAAUGAAAAACGAUGAUAAAAAACAAACAAGAGACAUAUUUGUGCAAUCGAUUAUUAUUUCUUAUCUUCUUAUUAUAUGCUUUCUGUUGGCUUUGUCUGAAUUUAUUCAAAUAUUUAUUUGAUGACGAUCUUUAGAAGAAGAAAAAAACCUGAGAAAACAAAUUGUCAGUAGAUAUUAUCGUUAAUGUCGCAAUGUACUUAGUCAAUGUGUUUGGAGACGCUACGUGACUUCUUUUAUGUUUUAAAAUAACAUCGAGUGUUAGAAGUUAUUUUUUAUGUUUCAUCCGUUAAUGUUUUAUGAAACGAUUUCAAAAUAUUUAUUUGAUGGGAAGCGCCAACAUUAAUAUGUAAUAUAAAUGAAGGAAAAACAUUUUCUAAGAACAUGAAGUGAAAUUCUUGGAAUUUAUCAAACAUUUCCUAGAAUUUUUUAUAAUUUUCUAAGAAUUUUUAUUUAUUCUUCAUCCCAACGUUUAUUUCUUUAUUAUUUAUCUCAUAAAUGCAAUAAAUAAGAAUUUAUUGAAUUAUCUAAUGUACGUUUGCAAUAAAAACAAAUAUCUGUGUCGAUGAGAAUUGAAAAAGUAAAAAGCGGACGAAAAAAAAUUAUAUUAAACACGAAAAGAAAUCCUCGCUUUGGAGGAUGAAAAAACUGUUUUGUAGAAAAAAGCCAUUAAGGCUUAUAAAGGAAAAUUUAAGCAAAAAAAAAAGAAGAAUAUAAACGUACAUACUCAUUAUCGUUUGCAAUGAUUGAUUAAUAUCAAAUGAAAGUAAUAAACUUGAAAUUUGACUCCAAAAACGUUUCAUGAUAAAAAGAAUCAACCUGAAGGAAAAUAGAAUAAUAGAAAACCCACCAAAGAAGUAAUCAAAGUUCUGACGUCCUAUGUUAAUUUAUUACUUAGGCAGUCAGAUCUAUGGAAAUAUUUAUGUUGUAUAUCUCAUAUCCUUUAAAACGACAAAUAUCCUUAAUCCUUGUCAAAUCCAUGUUCCAAGAGAUAAAAACUAAUAAAUAAAUAAUUAAACGAAAAACAAAUCAACAAAAGAAUCACAAAUGAAAUGAAGCAGAUGUAGCUGAACUAACUCUAUCUAUAUUAUUUAAAACUGAGUAAACUAAUAAUAAAUAAAAAUUGUUGGAAAUGAAUUGAAGCA